AGAGCACCUUUUGCCCAAGGAGAGCCGCUGCUCUGGCGGCGUCUCUCCAGAUGCGGCGCUUCUGGCGGCCAGCGCUCCCACGGGCGCUGCCACAGACCCUCGCCGCAGGCCUGCAGGCGCCCGCCGGGCCCGCGUGCCACGCCUGGCGGCGGCGGUGCCUCGCCGCCCCGGCCGACGCCGGCCCGGCGCGUCGACAGCUCGUCGCCCAGGGCAAGUCCAACGUCGGGAUGCUGGCCGGCGCCAUGGCCGGGCAGCUGAGAUCCGGCGACGCCGCUGCCGUCAGCCCAUAGGGCCUGCGGCCUGCUACGCCACCGUCAAGGCGGCUAUGAUCGCGGAGAGGUACUUGGCCGAGCACCUCGAGGGCCGGAGCCUGGGGAUCCUGCCGAGCAGGCGAGAGUUCGCCGGCAGGGACGGCGGUCGGGACACGAACGGCAUGGAGCUGCUCGUGCGCACGCUGGAGCUGCCAGCGGAGCUGCCGGCAGAGCCGCAGGUGCUGGCCGCUGCGAAUACGAACGUGGGGCUCAUGGCUGGCCUCAUGGCCAACAUCGGGGAGCGAAGAGAGGUAUCGCAGGGAUUCCUGCCCGGGCCAUCCUUUACCCUGGCCGUUGCCUCCGUGCAUCUCUCGCCAUCAGGGGAUGGCCUAGGAGUUCUGUUACACCGACCAGUCGUCUCGCUUAUGGCCCGUUGUAUUCACACUUCUAUGCUGAUUUUUCAUUGGCAUGUUGGUAUCAUUGCUUAUCUAGCCCAUUAUUGGCCCAUUUCGUUGGCCAGCCCCUGAGGGCACAUUUGCGGCGGUUGCAUACUUGGAUGCCCAAGGCUCUUGCAUUCUUACCGUGCAUCCUUCUGAUGUGCCGCGACUGUGCCCCGCCCUCAUCUCGUCCGUGCCCCCUUCCCCUACUCUCUUUCGCUCUCCCGUCCCCCUCCCCCUCCUUCCUUCGAGUGGGCUUGGGGACAGGUGUGCAUUUCUGUUCUUCUCCCCAGACGUGGUCACUGUGGGAGCUAUGGGGCCCGACGCGGUCAGCAAGGCGCUCAAGGCCACGAUCUUGACGCAGAAGUACAUGGCCGACUCACUAGACUAGAGCCAGUCGAUGGUGGCACUGGCGGAGGUGGUCUGUAUUGGCGUGCCUAGGGGAGGUGUCCACCAGCACCAAGAGGCCUCCGCAGGGCUCUCAUACGCUUAGAUGUUUGCGGAUGUCAGGCCAAGGCCACGCCGAGAGGUUGUAUCCGCUAAGAUCUGGG